AUGCAUUCUUGUUCUCAUCACCUAAACGAAUCUAGUGUCACUAGUUGUUGUGCUCCGGUCUCGCCCACCUGCGCUCUACCUGUCGGGGAUUGCGUCCCUUCACCUUCUUCAAUGAAUGCGCCGUGUUCCCCAGCCACAGCUAUAAUUACCUUAGACGCUCCGUCGCAACUGAAGCGAAAAGCACUUAAUGUCGAAACAAAUGGGAAGCCGAAUGGGCUAGACAGUGCUAGCGCGGCCGUUGGUGUGGAUGAGGUCAUGGGGAAGAGUGAAGAUGAUUUCGAUUCUACAAGCCGUUGCAAUCAGACAGUUGUGGCCCCAGUGCUGCGGCCACGCAGGCCCGUGCUCAGCUCGACCAGCUCAAAACGCUCCGUACAAGUAAGAUCUUGUCUUUCUAAGAGGUGCAUAUUCUGA